UCGUAGUAGUUCUCCUAUUAUCACACCCGCUCUUUACCACACCCAUUCGGCCUAAUCAACUACUCCAGGGCUUCAGUUAUAGUAUAGGUGCUCGACUGCAGGCAGACGAGCAGUUGUCGAGAGCUGCGUGCGUUUGGCGACAGAGCAUACCAGAAGAGGAAGCUGCGGCAGCGCCUGGCAGCGCGUUGGGAACGAGGCGCAGAAACGUGUACUGUAACGCCGACUCCGUCUCGACUCUUUCGCACCAACUCCCGGCCGUUCACGCCGCCGGGAACGACGACAGCAAUCGUCUGCGUCGUUCUCGAGGUGUCCACCUCCCUGUACAUGACCUUGUCUCGCACUGCUUCACUCGAUGCCACCUCGUCCUGCGCUGGCUUCUAGGUCGCGGCGUCCUUUGUCGGCGAUCUACAUCGGUUCAGGCUCGACCCCCACCUCCUCGCCUCCAUCUAUACCCGAUCUGCCUGAACCGCCUAGCCCAUCGACCUCACACGGCUCAGGUCUCCCCUCGCCACCGGCGACGAACUCCACUGGCAGCGGGAGCGUGGGGGAUAGCAACAGCAACAGCGCCGGCAGUCUCCGUCAGCGAUCUAGCGCGUCUCGUUCGAACUCGUCCUCAGAAAUGCCCCAUGGCUACGACUGGCCGCGCAACGGGAAACGGAGCAGCCAAGUGUUCACGGACGAGGAGGAGGACGGAGGGGGAGUUGACAAUGAGGAGGAUAAUACCGCCCGCCUGUCCGGUAGGCGACGGCAGUCGAAAACCGCCCAUGAAGAUAACACAUCCGCCCUGGACCGCGUCAGGAGCCUUACGCAGCGCAAUCGGAUGGUCCUCGACAAGCUCUCUUCCAUAUCCCGAAACAAUUCUCCGGCACCGAUCAGUUCACCAGCACCCUCCAACAACCCCCGCUCGCCCGUCUCGCCGCCCUCCGCCAUCGGCACUUCCUCACGCACCUCUGUCAGGCCCCAGUCAGCUUCGAACCCUCUGCCUACUCCCGCCCGCCGCAUCGAGAACUCCCAUUCAGGCUCAGAAACAGAACGCGAAAGCCAGCAUAACUCUUACUCUUCAGAUGAUCUCGUUGCAACGCCGCCUUCCCGCCCCGAAAUCCGCGCGCCGUUCCCCAUCCGAGAGAGGCGAAUCUCGGCUCCUGCAUCUCCUGCAAAAGGUCGCCCGCAGCGCGAUCGAGACAGAGGGCCGUCGCCUGGACCAUCUCGAACUCCGAGGAAAAGGAUGUCGAUGGCGAUGUCCGUGGACGAGGGACACCGACACACGCAUGGAGACGAAGAUGACGUCUUGACAUCUGCUCUUGCAGCUGUCGCUUCGUCACGCCGUAGCCCGGGUAGUGGGAAGAAGAGCCGACAGCCGUUACCUCGAGAGUUUAGAGAUCGGCGGAGCCCAGAAGAGAAGGGAGAGCCAUCUACACCACAUCGUAAUCGCAACGGCUACGAUCGGUCGUCACCGUCGUCGCCACGAGGUCCAAGGUCAACACUACCCAGUAACACGCAGCUGUCACCUCGUCGCCCAGGACAGCCUCGGUACUCGACUGUCCGUGAUCUCACUAGGAAACACCAGACGAGGUGGCUAUCAGAGGAUCUGUCUGCUUCUCUCGAGGAUGAGGAGCCAUCGUACACGAAUGAAAGUAUCGAGUCUGUUGGCCGCCGACAAGGUCAUAGAGGCGGGAGCUCAGAUACUCUGCUCGCUGGUAAUGGUGGCAGGACCUUGAUAGGUGAAGGGUUACGCGCAGCGGGUUUGGCCAAGCGGCGGGAUCCUGGAGAUGACUUGUUCGGCGGAGAACUGACUGCACCCGGAUCUCCCCGACGAACCAAGUCUACGGGGAACUCUUCUAUUGUUCAAGGACAGUCAGGCUUGGGUGCACCACCACCACGCUUCGACCCGCACACCCCAGUCAACAACGCGUAUCGACGCGAUGACCGCAUGACACGCUCCGGAGGGAUGCUCGCACGUCCCGGUACAUCCAUGGCAGCUUUGCAUCACGACACUCCCGAGAUACCGCCACCUAGGACGGCUCCGCCUGGAUUACGGGCAUACAAGUCGACGUAUGUGUUGGCCGCUAGAGAGUCGGUGACGUCUCCUCAAGUCCAGCAAGAGUUCGCAGACCGCGCCUACUCCUCGCCCUUCGCAUCUGUCAGAGCAGCAUCCACAGCUGCGGUUGGGUCCCCAGGAUUGAACAAGGACAUGAAUGCGGAACACCGCCGGCUGAUGAUGGAGGCUCUGACUAUGUUCGAGUCCCAACUCUCGCGUUUCCCACCAAUGGGCCAGACCACCACCAAUACGAUCCCGGAGCUCUUCCAAACUGCUCAGCACGUCGUCCAUUCGCUAGACAAGCUCAACGGGAUGCUCAAGUCUGGGACCAAUCGCGCGCUGGAGGCCCAGAUCGACGCAGAGGUUACCGACUUGUCGAUGGGCAUCGACUUGCCUGAGCUCUGGAGAGAAGUUGGGGCGGAGCACCGAGAAAACCUUAGGAUGAGCGACGAGGUUGUGCGGAACAUGACUGGUUUCCUCCUGGGCGUCGGCAAAGUGUUUCGUGAUGCGACCUCAGCCAAGGACCCUCAGCAGCACCUCCGCACGGUCAGUCUCGAUGAAAGUCCCACCACUCGCCUCGCGCCGGACACUGGCGUGACUCAUAGCGGCGGACGCAGUUCUGACGGGAGGAAGAGCCGUGGGACUCGACGUAGCUGGGACCCACGCGAUGCUCGGGAAUCGUCCCUGGCUCGAUUGUCCAGUCUAGAGAGAAGCCACGUGCGCCCCGCUUCCGCUCUUCAUCGUAGUUCCACGACUUCGAGCAGCGAGGGUCGCAGCGUUGCUGAUGCUGUGGAUGGCACACCGCAGACCAUCAAGGUCAGCACGAUGGCACCGUCGUCGUCCAUACGCAGGAUGUAUCUGUCCCGAGACCAGCGCGCAACGCCCGAAGGGUUAGCGCCCAUCCAUACGAAUUUGAACUUAGCGAAGCAGGGGUCCCCCGACAAAUACGAGCCCUCGCCCACACCGACUUCGCGGACAUCCCUUUCGGCGCUGUCAGAGCGCCAACGCAACUUCCCGCCCGCCUCCGUCGCUCCGUCGCUCUCGACAUUGCCAUCUGAAUCGCUCAUCACCCGCACUGUGAGCACUUCCUCGUCGGAGAACAGCAACGCGCAAAGGAAAGUCUCAAGUAGUUCGACCCUCACCGUGCGCGCAGAGCCUUCCGCGUCGUCCCCGUUCAGUGCUGUCCUCAAGCCACCCGGAGCGACGACUUCACUCACCCCCGCGACCAUAUCGGCGGAGAGAUCUCCCGGGGAGCCUCCUGUCACAGCGUACUAUCGUCCCAAUAUGGACCGCAGCGAGUCCUCAGGAUCCUCUCGAGCGGGUCCUAACAGGAACGUCGAUACUGUCUCUCGCGCAUCCUUGGCGCGUCUGCGGUCUGCGUCAAAUGCAUCCAGUGCCAUGGACGACGAACCGCCCGUGCGGCUUGAGGCGGCGCCAAUCCUGUCACCGAUGUCGGGCAACGAGACAGAGCGACCGGAGAGCUGGCGCAGGACGGUCGCGGCGCGCCCUAGGGCUAGCCUGGAGAGCGCGUGGGAGCGCGAGCGGGAGGAGCGGAACGCGACCAGGAACGCGACGGUCGCGGGGAGGAAGGAGCGGCGGAGGACGAUCACGGAGAUAUUCCAACGGUAGUCUUCGUUCUAUGCAUUCCGUGGUUUGAUUUUCUCGUCUGUUGAUCAGAUCCCCCCUCUCUGCAGGUAUAGGUUUAUGUGACUUGUUG